AUGGGAUAGAGUGCAAAUUGUUGUAAAUAAUAAACUGAUAAUAUUUCUGAUGAACAAUCAGAGUAAAUCAAUUCUGAAUACUUUGGUCCUCAUUAUGCUUCUUAAUAUUCAAUAAAAACAAAAUUCAUAACUGACUUUGAAGCUUGUAUUAAUAACAUUUAAGAAUUAAGGAAACCAUCUCAAACAGUCUCUUCUACCAAUCAUACAGAUUAAGAAGUAGUCUUAAACUCAAUAUAAUAAAAUGAGAAAUUUUUAACUAAUACCAAUUAAAUUCUUGAUUCUUUAUUUGAUUUAGAUUCUCAUAAUUUGAAUUCAUCAUAUGACAACAAUUCAAUUAAUGGUCAUCGAAGCAUACUUAAAAAAAAAGAUUUAAAAACAUUUAAACCACCAAAAAGUGUAAAAUUUAACAAUCCUGAUUAAAAAAAAAAAAUGAAUAAGACUCAGCAAAAGUAAUUAGGAGAAUUACUCAAAAGAAAACGUAAUUGA